AUGGAUAGUCAACAGGGAAUCCCUCUAAAUAAUAAUAAUCUUGAUAAUAAUAACAAAGACAAUGAUAAUAAUAAUAAUACUGCAACCGCUAGUAUAUCUAAUUUAUCAAAUGCUUUACGUUCUGUAAACUUAGGAAAUAGUAAUACUACAACUGACCAAUCAAAUAUAGAUUUCGUUAGUAUCGGACAACAGCAACAAAAUCAAAUCAAUACUAACAUCAAUAACAAUACCACCAUUAAUACAAACACUAACAGUGCUAUUAAUCAAAGUGCUAACAAUAAUCACAUCAACUCUAUAAAUAACACAGAUGUUAUUUCUAACCCCAAAUCUAUGAAUAACAACAUUCUUUCCUCCAGCGGCAGUUUUGUAAAUAGGAAUAUUAUAAAUAGACAUAGCAGCGGCAACCGUGUAAUACAAAAUCAACAAGGCAAUAACAUUAAUAAUGACAAUCUACAAAACGCUUACACCUAUUUGGGUGGUUCGCAAAUUGAUAAUAGCAGAAUUUUGAAAUUUUUUGAAAAUCCGCCACUAGAAGGGUUUACUUUGUUUUCUCAUAGAUCUGCGCCAAAUGGAUUUAAAGUGGCUAUUGUUUUGAGUGAGUUGGGAUUACCUUAUAACACUUAUUUUUUAGAUUUUAAUAAGGGAGAGCACCGUUGUCCCGAAUUUAUUAAUAUCAAUCCAAAUGCAAGAGUACCUGCUUUAAUAGAUCAUAACAACGACAAUUUAUCCAUUUGGGAAAGUGGUUCUAUCAUUUUAUAUUUAGUGAAUCAAUAUUUGAAAAUCUCUGGUGGUAAUCCUUUGCUAUGGGCUGAUAAUUUGGCUGACCAAUCAUGCAUUACCUCCUGGUUAUUUUUCCAAACUUCAGGUCAUGCUCCCAUGAUUGGUCAAGCUUUGCAUUUUAAAUACUUUCAUUCUACAAAAGUUCCCAGUGCUAUAGAGCGUUAUACUGACGAAGUUAGAAGAGUAUAUGGUGUUGUUGAAAUGGCUCUUGCUGAAAAAAGGGAAGCUUUGAUUAUGGAUUUAGAUACAGAAAAUGCAGCAGCUUACUCUGCCGGAACUACUCCAAUGUCUCAAAGUAGAUUUUUUGAUUAUCCUGUGUGGCUAGUUGGUGAUAAGAUUACUAUAGCAGAUUUGUCGUUUGUUCCUUGGAAUAAUGUUGUUGAUAGAAUAGGAAUUAAUAUUAAAGUUGAAUUUCCAGAGGUGUACAAGUGGACCAAGCAUAUGAUGAGGAGACCUGCUGUAAUUAAAGCCUUGCGUGGUGAAUAA